AUGGUUCCCUUUGAGGAGGUGUUGGCACAGGUAAGGGGCGCCCUCCGAAACGCCACCCCUAGCCUGAUUCACGAUCUUCUGAAAGAGCUGAUGGAUGCCCAGGUGUUCUCCAGGCCUUAUUACCUGUCCCUUAUCCCAGCUGGUGAUGAGGAGGAGUGGGACCGAAGAGAUAUAGUCUCUGUUAAUGAAGAGGACCUGGCCAGGAGACUGGCUUUGCCUGUUUGGCAGAAAUGGGACGUCUGCGAAGACAUACUUGCUACACUCUUCAAACCAAUGCUAGACUAUGGGCCAAAGGAAUUCCCCAGUGUCUGUGACUUUCCAAAAGACCUUGAGACUAUUUUGGAUGAAGCCAGCUUGUCUCUUUUUGAAGAAUUCUUGGUUGAUUGCAAUUUCUUCAACGAAGAUUUAAAUGUCCACGAUGACCCAGCUGUGACCCAAGCCUUGCCAGAGAUAGACAGUUCCCGUCUUGAAAAAAGAAAACAUGAAGGAGUUCAAGCGGACACGUAUCCGGAGAAAGUGCCAAGACUAGAACACAAUAAAAUGGAGGGGGGUUUCCACCUCAGUCAGGACCCUGUUCCAUGCGUCCUGCAGUUAACCAUGCCCCCUAUACCUGUCACUGAGAGCGCAUCUCUGCUGCCCUCUUGUGGUGAGUGCACAGUUGUCAAUGUUGAACGCUUUCAGUUUGUGGAUCGCUGCAUGCCCACGUCGCUAUCGCUGUGUGACCCUUCCAAUGUGUUUUACAUACCAGAUGGACCUGCGUUCCAGGUUAUCCACACUCUUCCACAUUCAGUGAUAAACUUCCCUGUGGCCAGCACAAUUGUGCCUGUUUCCAAUUACGUACUGAUGUCACCUGUCUCCGUCAGUCCUGGAUCUCAGAUUGUGCCUGUUUCACCAGUGGGUGGUACCGUGGCACCAACAGAGUUCAAUGUAACUGCUCCAGUGAGCUCACAGACAGACUCUGCAAGUAAAGGCUUGUAUUCACCGUCUGUCUCGCCCAGAAAAGCUGCAGAUGAAAUACAACAGAGAGAUACUCCCGCAUCAGUCCCCCAGCCUCCGAGAAAACCCAGCCCAGAGAUGCCACGAUGUGUUGAAGACUACAUACAACUGGCAAAAUCUCAGAUGAAAGAUUCCUGUGGUCUAGUGGAACCAAACAUGAGCAUGGAGAGCCACUAUGUAGAUGUUCAGCUGGUCCAGAGGAGAAUCCAGAUCAAGACGGGCAAGAACGCCAACAAGUGUCUGGAGAAGGAACUGGUCGUUCUGAGUGACUCUGAGCGAAAGGAGGCCACAAUUGACAGGAGUCAGGUUUUCAGGGACAGUUCCUCUAAACCCAAGCAGCUGAUGGCCAUUCUUGGAAAGGCAGGGAUGGGAAAGAGCGUGUUGAUUCGCCGUUUGUGUUUGGACUGGGCCAACGACUGCCUUCCACAGUUUAAGUUUGUCUUUUUGCUGAAUUUCAAAACUCUGAGUAGGACUCAGUCAAGCCACAGUCUGAGGAGUCUGUUGUUCGAUCUGUCUUCUGCUCCGGGCAGUGAGAACACUGAAGAUGUGUUUAAAUACAUUCUGUCUUCUCCCGCAGAAGUUCUGAUUAUUUUUGAUAGCUUUGAUGACUUCAGAGACUAUACGGGGCUUCUUCACUGCCCUGACACCUAUGACUUGGACAGUAAUUACAGCAUCAAGGACUUGUUCUCAGGACUCUUUCAGAAGAAACUCCUCGCGGGGUGUACACUUCUGAUUGCCACCAGACCUAAAGGGGUUUUAAAUCAGCUGUUACGAAAAGUAGACAGCAUUUUGGAGCUCUGUGGCUUUACCUCCGAGGAGAUCCAACUUUAUACCUCAAACUAUUUCAGAGACAGCACGUUCUGUGAGAAGGCAUUGGCUGCGAUAAAAAGCCAGAGCUAUGUUUUCAGCCUGUGUUCCUGCCCUUUAUUGUGUAGGAUCACUUGUUCUCUACUGGAGAAUCAGGACUGUGCUGGUUUCACUUUGCCUUCCACUUUAACGGGUUUAUGCAAAAGGCUGCUUCAUCAAAUUCUAAACAAGAAUUCUGUGAAGGACAAACAGACACAGAACAUUCUCCGUCUGUGUGGCCUGGCAUGGGAGGCCUUCAAAACUCAAAAUGUUCUAUUGAACUCCAGGCAAUCGGGCUCUGAGGAGCUCUGGGACUUUGGACUCAACAGUGGAAUUCUAACAUCUCACAUCACACGUAAGGAGAAUGGUGAGGAGCAAACUAGCUACUCGUUUGCUCACCUCCUCAUUCAGAACCUCCUGUGUGUCCUGCACAUGGCACAAUCCAAAGACAUCAGUGACAAGAUGCUGGUGGCUCAGAUAAUGCUACAGCAGAAGAAGAAGAAACCUCAGGGAGAAUGGCACGAUGGGAUGCAGAGGUUCGUCACAGGCUUGCUCUUCCAGAAGACGUCAAGCCAAGACGGCAGCUUUCUGGAGACCACAGCGGACACGCAGGCGAAGAGAAAGGCAGUGGAGGCUCACCUGGAAAGCCUGAGGCCUGGCCAGCUCAUCCCCACCUAUCUUCUAGAACUGUUUCACUGCGUGUAUGAAUCUAACAAUGUCAAGCUCUCCAAACACCUGGUGAAAAGCCUGCCGGAUGAUCUCUCUUUCUACGGGACCCAGCUCUGUCCGCCAGACAUAUAUGUAGUGAGGCAUGUUCUGCAGAAUGCCAAAGGUCUUAGGAGGACUUUCUCCAUUAAUCUGCAGGACACUUCCAUUUCCCUCAGCGGUCUCAAAGACCUGGUCGGGCUGAACUGCAUUAAAUCAUUCCGGGCAUCAAUAGCAGACACUAUAAGCCUUUGGGAAGACUUGCACAAAAACAAUGAUGCAGCGCUAUUGAAAAGCACUGUGGACAAGUUUACAAUAUGCCCAUAUAAGGCUACAGAAGUCCGCCACAUAGACAACCUGUUUCACCUUGUCCAAAUCCACAAAGAGAGGAAGCUAUCGCUCUGUGGUGCUGGGCCAGCCCUGGAAGAUGACAUUCCAGCAGUGAGACACCUUCAGAAACUGGAAUAUGAGCUUGGCCCCCAGCACGGUCCAGUUGCCUUUCCCAGACUUGUGGCUAUCCUGCCUACUCUUCAAUCUCUGCAGUACUUAGACCUGGAGAAUAACAAAAUUGGAGACUCUGGUGCUGAGCUGCUAGCUGAUGUUUUGUUGAAUUUAUCAUCUCUGAAAAUUUUGAACUUGUCUCAGAACUACAUCGGAGAUAAAGGGGUAGAGAAGCUGGCUCUUGCCCUCUCAUCCGUCCUCUCUCUGCAAAGCCUCAGCCUCUACAGUAACUUCAUUGCAGACGGCGGAGCGGAGAGCCUUGCCUCCGUUUUGCCAAACAUGAAGUCACUGAUGGAUCUGGAUGUGAAAUAUAACAAGUUUACGGACAUUGGCGCACAGAAGCUAGGAGAUGCUCUGAAAAACUGUCCAAGUAUCAAGGCUCUUGAACUGUGGAAUCAGUUUAUUCCAUACGGCGUGUUUGAGCAUCUCCAGCACCAGGACACCAGAAUAGGAUUCCUGUAG